AUGCCGACAAACAUUGAUGAUCUAGAGCUCGACGAGCCUCCCACCGUCGAGCCCUAUGAGGUUCUCGGUGUUGAAAAAACUGCCACCCAAGACCAGAUCAAGACUGCUUACCGCAAGGCCGCUCUCAAGUGGCAUCCUGAUAAGGCGAAACCCGAAGACAAGGAUGCCGCCCAUACAAAAUUCCAAGAAAUCGCCCUCGCCUAUGCCGUCCUCAGUGACGAACGCCGCCGCACUCGCUACGACAACACCGGCCGCACCGACGAGUCUCUCGACAUAGACGACGAUAUUUUCAACUGGAACGACUUCUAUCGCGCCCAAUUCGCAAAUGCCGUCACUGAAGACACCAUCGUCUCCUUCACAAAGGACUACAAGGGCAGUGACGAAGAACGCGAUGCCUUGCUCUCCGCCUACACAAAGUACAAGGGAGACAUGAACAAGAUCUACCAACAAAUCAUGGUCAGCAAUCCUGCUGUUGACGAGGACCGUUUCCGAAACAUCAUCAACGAGGCCAUUGAGAAAGAAGAGGUUGCUGCCCAUCCCAAGUUUACUCGAGAAUCCCAGAAAAGCAUUGAUCGUCGCAUCGCAAAAGCAAACGAAGAAGCUGAAGAAGCAGAGGAACACGGCAAGAAGACUGCAAGCAAGAAAAAAGCCAACGCCAAGGGAGGAGACUCAGAUCUAUCAUCUCUCGCUGCCAUGAUCCAACAACGCAACAAAGCCAGGAGCGAAGAUUUCCUCGACAAUCUGGCUGAGAAGUACGGUGCAGCUCCCAAGAAAAAGGGCAAGAAGAGAGCUCAAUCACCAGAUGAACCUCCCGAGGAAGCUUUUGAGAGGACCGCAAAGAGAAAGAUCAAGAAAUCUAAGGCAUAG